UUUUUAUUCCGAUUCAUAUUUCAUCUGUUUUCACAUACAACAUACCAUAAGAUGGGUUCCUCUGCUGCCAGAAAAAACAUUGCAGAUUCAGCGUCCUGGUACUGUGCCAUGAUGCUGUUGGGCAUGAUUCUGUUGGGGUCUGUAAGGGAAAGCGUUGUGGCAGGAGAAGGUAAGGCUGUAAAAGGGAACAACCUCCGGGAAGGACCGUGUGAUGAAAUCUACGUUGUGGGAGAAGGAGAGACCCUGCACACAAUCAGCGACAAGUGCAAUGACCCGUUUAUCGUGGAGCGGAACCCGCAUAUCCAUGACCCGGAUGACGUUUACCCUGGCCUUGUCAUCCAAAUCAUCUCUACCCGUCAAUCCUGAUAAACUCUUCAAGAGCUGCCUCCACCUUAUUCCAUUGCAACAAGGUAUUUUAGACACGGAAUACGCUGCAAGUCAUUUUGAAAGCCUUUUUUUUUCAAAUAUUAGAUUUUUUUUCAGUAUAAAAACCUGUCACAACCUCUUUUAAUCUUCUGGUUCAAAGGCUCUGGAUCUUCUUCAUUGUAUAGAUAUUUACUCAAAAAAAGAGGAAGGAGAAAAAAAAUAUAUAUUCAUAAUUAAUGGUAGCUUAGUUUCCUACUUUUCUGUUUAUAAGCUUUUGGGUUAAUUUUAUCUGUGGUGGCGACCAGGUCAGGUGUGACUUGUUUUAUAACUACACGAGUACUUUGCUGAUAGAAG